AGCCCUUUCCACCUCCUGGGCCAGCAGAUGCAGGACCUCUUGGGCGAUGGAGGGGUCCUGAAGGAAGUGGUCCAACCUGGACAAGGCCCACCAGUGCCAAGAGAUUCAUCUGUGUCAAGUACUGUCUAAAAAUACUCCUAUCUUUAGGUUGCCUUACAAUGUAAGGCAUAUUUAUUGGGACAUAAUGCAAUCUAUUAUAUACACUUGAUAAUAUCCCUUCACAGUUAAUUUCUCAGGAUUUCUGGAGUACUCUGACCGACCAUUUGAGACCACCAGCAACCUGAAGUACCCUCGAAUGAUGAAGCUUGGAAGAGGUAAGAUGUAGCCUACUCUUAGGUAACUGGUUUUCAUAUGUGGCUUCAUAAACAACUAAUAAACACUCCUUAACUUACAGACGUGACUCUGUGUGGCCUGGAGCUGGGUAUUCUGACCAUGAGGAAGGGAGAGUUCUCUCGCUUUCUCUUCCUGCCUGUGUAUGCAUAUGGAGAGAUGGGCUGCCCUCCACUCAUCCCUCCUGUAGCCACUGUGCUCUACGAGGUGCAGGUCCUCGACUUCCUUGACUCAGCCCAAGUGGAUGAGUUCUUCGCAAUGAGUUCGGUGAGGAGACUAGGGGCCUUAUUCAGUCAGGGCUGUAUCAAGGGAUGGGCAAUAUGGCCAUUUGUAUUGAAUGUUUUCUCUAAAUAAGCUUUGUUGUACAAUUAAAGGUCAAAUACACUGCAUUUCAAACAUUCAACAAUAAUCUAAUGGGAGACUUGUAAAAUUAUACCUAGGCUAAAUUUAAGCCUUCCACAACCAUAAGACUCACUAAUAAUGUAAUUAUUUCAUCAAAAUAGUUUUUUUGCAAUAAUCACUGAUCUGGCAUUCAAGUCUUUUGGAUGAAAAUGCCCUUUUUGUUACAAAUUUAACCAGAACCAUGCGUAAUGCACAUUCACUAAUAGCAGGGAUUAUAGAAUAUUAACACAGGUCUCAUAAACAGUCUCUCAAACACAAGCCCACAUGCUAGUGAGUAGCCAGCUAAUCUUUAUAUUUCAAGUUUAGCCAACUUGGAUCAAUUUGCUAGCUAACAAGGUAGCUAGACAGUUUAAUUCUUAUGAACACACCCUUCUGUCCGUUUCUAACUGUUUGAACAGCAUGCUAGCCGGUCCACUUUGUUCAGAUGUUGAAAUCAAGUAGCCUUCCUUAUUUCUCAAAAUGAGAACGAGUUGCCAAUUCCUUAUAUAAUUGUGUUUUAGGCUUAUUGCACAUUAAUAAAACACAGACUAGACAGCUAGUAUAACAGUCUCUGGCAAAAAUUAUGUGCCGCGCACGACAAAUUGAGCAUUCAUUUACCAGAAUCUAUGUUCAUUGAUACUCCUGUUUUAGUAGUGUCUGCUCUGUGCACAAUUUGAGGAGUUGAGAUAUAAAAAGGGUAUUGUUAGAAAGGUUAACUUCUCCUCUAUUACAGUACAAAUAAUGUCUCAGUGUGGUUCGGUGUCCAUGUGACCGAUUUUCUGUUGAACCAAUCCUGAAAUGCAAAUAGUGAGUUGAAAACACUUGUCAGAGAGGAAGAAGGAGACAAGACUAAAAAGACAACAUGAGAACAAGCGGACAUAAACGCUCAUAAAAACAAAACAAAUAAACGUGAUUCUAGCAAUACAGGAAUUUGGAAUAUCGCACAAAAACAUACAUUUGAAUUAAUCAAAUUAAUUUGAUACAUCGCAGAGCCCUAGCUGUAUCUCACGAGUCAGACAAAACUAGUUAGAGUUCCCUCAAGGUUGGUGGUGAUAACCUCUAGGACCAGGGCGUUGUUGUAACAGAGAAUGUCAACCUACCUUAUUAAAUACAGUGGAAGGAGCUGAGAUAUGUUAUGGGGUUGAAUAGAGCCAUUUUCUAAUUGGACUGAAGUUACUAUUUCUGGUCAUGCUUCUCACUACUUCCUGGGGAUUAGUUGUGAUUUUGUUGGCUCCCUCUCCCCAGUUUUUACCUUUCUCUCUCCCUCCAGGAGGAGCAGAACACUGUUCCUCUGUCCAAGCUCUUCAAUGUGGUCGACACAGAGCGCAGCUUUGGCAACCGCUGCUUCAACCAGAGUCGCUUCGAGGACGCCAAAGAUCGCUACAAGCAGGUAGGAUCAAAAUAGUCUUAUGUCAUAAAUGAUAUGUCCUCAAAUGAGCCCCUUGAUUUUAGUUUCAGCAUUAUUUUAUGAUGAAGGAUCACUUCAAGUGUAUGUGAAUGAAUGAGAGCAAUGAUUAUGAUGUUGAAAUUCUGGUUCUCUCUCAUAAGUAUUGAGUUUUUUGUAGAUGUUAUUUUAUACACAGUCAUAAGCUCACUGUCGUGUGUAAUAUUUGACAAGCACACUUGUGUGUAGUGUGUGCACACUUCUGUGUCUGCAUGUAUGUGUGCAUGUGAUAGAAAGAGGUGUAUGACCUUUCCAUGUGUCUGGCCAGGCGUUGACUCUGCUGGGGAAUCGGGAGACGGAGGACAAGGAGAAGAAGAGGAGCAUUGCGGCGGUGCAGCUGCCCAUCUACCUCAACCUGUCCCUGACCCAGCUCCGCCUGGACAGGCCUCUGAAAGCCCUGAAGUACGGCCACAAGGCCCUGGAGAUAGACCCCACCAACACCAAGGCCCUCUUCCGCUGUGGUCAGGUCAGGUCAGACCCUCAGGGUGGGGGAAGUCAUAUUCUUGUCAAUAAGCUGGGUUCAUGUGUGUGUGCCUACAGUAUAUGUGAUUGUUUUUGGCAUCAUAGUUUGUGCUAUGGAUAUUAAAUAUAGGUGAGCUGACAGGGAUCUGACACCAGACAUAAAUGUUCUUUAUAAAAAACUUUUACAGGUGGUGCAUUUACUAGGACCAUAUGUUUUAUGAAGAUUUACCCAUUAAUAGCGUCUUUUAAAAUAAUUCUAAAGCAUACAUCUUCCCAUUUUCACACAUUUGAGUUUUGCAUGUUUGGUGAUGGCUCACUUGUGGAAAGAAUCGCAGUCACACAUGUUUUAACCAGAGCGUUUUCCUCAGGCCUAUUUGGAGUUGUUUGACUAUGAGAAAGCCCAGGAUUACCUCACAAUGGCUCAGGCCAACAAACCAUUCGACAUCGACAUCAAUAAUCUCCUGAGGAAGCUUGCCAUGUAAGAUAAUAUUUCUGACAUUCAUUGUUUAUUCAUAGACGUUCAUUCUUUAUUUCCCUAGUGACACAUUGUUUCAACUAAAUUAUUGUUACUUGUGCAGACGCUACAAGGACUAUUUGGACAAAGAGAAAGAGCUGUGCUCCAAGAUGUGUGCAGACUUUGUGAAGAAGUGA